ACCGUAAUACCGAUACACGGACACUGUACGAAACUCGUGCGCGCCAUCCACACACGGGUUCGUCGCGUAAGGUCCGCAGCGCACCGCAACGUAUAAUAAUAACAAAAUAAUAUGUAAUAAUAAUAUUGAUAUUAGUUAUAAGGUACAAUGUUAUAAAUAAUUUUAAAAGGUUUUUGAAUUUUAAUCCGGCCAACGGCCGAUGUCCAUAUGAAAUAAUAUUGUAGUAUAGGUGAAUAUCGCGUGAACAAGGCAUAAACAGUUUAUCGUUUUUGAAUAUUAUACACCGUGUAAGUCUUCGUCGUCGUCGGGUUGACGUAUCGCGAUUCGACAACAAAUUCGUAUCGCCCGGAACACACUAUAGACAUGGGUUCCAUCUACUGCUGCUGGAAAUAUUCCUACGGGAACAGAUCGAAUUCCCGCUGACCGGAUGACUGGGUUUGCAGUUUGAAAGCUCGCCAACAACGUUGCUCCAUGUCGGCUGUCUGUUACGAGGGUGGAGUCGGUGGUAGAUCCCGAGCUGGGCUUAGGCUCAGUCUGAACAGGAGUAUCAGUGAGCCGGGCCCAGCAACACCACCGAUUACUGUUACUACACCGACAACCUCGAAACGAUUUCGAUUGGAAUCCAUACCUAGUCUACCGGCUAGUUUACCCGCUAGUCCUAAUUCUGACGGCACACAUUUAAGCGGUGCUCUAAUACUCAACAAGGUAAAACGAAUGAGCAGUGAAUAUUUUAGACAAAAAUUGGAACUUUUCGGGCCAGCGAUUUUAACCAUUGACUGUCGGUCUUUUGUAUGCUAUAACGUCAGUCAUGUGAGAGGUGCUGUGAACGUGAACAUCGCCGACCGUAUCAACAGACGGAGAUUGCAAACUGGAAAAGCCACUUUGGUGGAGUUGGCGUCAUCUAGGGAUGCCAAAGACGCCCUCAGGAGGCGUGGUUAUAGAGAAAUUGUGGUGUACGAUGACUCGACUACAGAUUUAGACAGAGUGCCUCAUAACCAUCCUCUGAUGCUAAUCCUUGCAUCGUUAGUAGACGAUGAAAGAGAACCAUCGUUUCUUAUCGGUGGCCACAAAGAAUUUCAUUCCCGACACAAGGACAUGUGCGAGAAUUCCCUGCUGCCAGCGCCGGUGAGCGCCAGCUGCCCUCCAGAUGUGGAUCGCGAGUCUAUGGACACCCACCCCCUGACCAAGGUGCUGCCGUUCUUGUACCUCGGUAACAGCAAGGAUGCCGACGACCGGGAUGGUAUGACCGCUAUCGGAGUAACCCGUGUGCUGAAUGUGACUACGAGCCAACAGUCACCAUCCCCGACUAUGGACCAUCGCGCUUCUGGCGUAGUGUAUAAGCGACUUUCCGUCUUAGACAACGGGCAUGCCAACCUCAAACAGUAUUUCGAGGAAGCUUUCGAAUUCAUCGAAGGCGCUCGGAAGUCCGGCGGAAGUGURCUGAUACACUGCCAGGCCGGCAUAUCACGGUCGCCGACCAUAGCCAUCGCGUAUGUGAUGCGCCACCGGAAGACGUCCAUGGUGGACGCAUACAAGAUGGUCAAGGCAGCUAGGCCGAUCAUAUCGCCGAACCUUAACUUUAUGGGACAGCUGCUGGAGUUGGAACAGAGCUUACAGCAGUACGAACAACAACAGCAACAACAACAACAACAGCAGCAACAACAACAACAGCAGCAGCAGCAGCAACCGCGUUGCGGACAGUCUUGGGUCGCCGCCCAAUCGGCCGCAGACGAACUGUCGCCCGGGUUUAGCACAUAAAAAAAGGCCGCCGUACCCGACGACCCUACGUACGCACACAUGUGUUCGCAUUUACGGGUUUUUCGUGUAUGUGUGUGCUUGCACGCAUGCGCAGGACAAAGACAAGGUACCGUGUCCCCGCUUCGGGCAUGUUAAGAUAAUAUUAAAUAUAGGUAUAUGUAUAAAUGUAUAAGAUAUAUACGUAUACGUAUGUGUAUAAUAUUUGUUUGUGUCAAUUGCGUUCGAGAUAUUCCAACCUAUUUAAUGUGUUCCUAAUAAUUAGUUUUUCCAUUUUCGCGCAAAAGUAUGUAAAAAAAAAAAUUAUACAUUAAAUGAAUAAUUAAAAUAAAACUAUAGUAAUAAUAUAUAAGUACCUAUAUCUCUAUAUCUAAAUGUAUAUAUAAACUUGCGUAUGUAUCCGUUUAAGAAUGUGAAAGUAUAUAUACAUAUAUAAUAUAUAUAUAUAUAUUUGUUUAUCAUAACGUAUGUGCCUAUUAUUAUUAUUAUUAUCAUCAUCAUUAUUAUUAUAAUAUUGUUGUGGAUAAAAAUAAAAAUCUGUGUCCAUAAUUUGAAUUCGUGGGACAUCAAACAUUAAUAUUGUACGGCAAUUUCUCUGCAGGUACAAUAUAAUAUAUACAUAUAUAUAUAUAUAUAUAUAUAAACUUUAGACACGACGUGAUGACAAUUGCUACACUGGUGUAGACUUGACACGAUUCGAGAAAAACGAGCAUUAUCUAGUCUUGCAAAUUUUGUACAUAAGAUAUAAUAUACGUAUUAUUACUCGCUGAGACUACUA